AUGCGUGCUUCACCUGUCGACGACGAUGCACAAGGCCUCAAUGCUGUCUCAAAGCACAUCACGCAGCCUAAAUCGCAAGGUGCUUCGCAAGCCAUGUUAUACGCUACAGGAAUGAAAGAGGCAGACAUGAACAAGGCUCAAGUCGGUGUGUCAUCGGUGUGGUUCAGUGGCAAUCCGUGCAAUAUGCAUCUUUUGGACCUGAACCACAAGGUCAGCGAGAGCGUGAACAAGGCCGGACUUCAAGCCAUGCAAUUUAACACCAUUGGUGUCAGUGAUGCGAUCAGUAUGGGAACCAGCGGCAUGAGAUACUCUCUGCAAAGUAGAGAUUUGAUUGCAGACUCUAUCGAGACAAUGAUGGGCGGUCAAUGGUACGAUGCAAAUAUCAGUAUUCCUGGCUGCGACAAGAAUAUGCCUGGUGUCAUCAUGGCCAUGGGCCGCGUGAACAGACCCAGCUUAAUGGUUUAUGGAGGAACAAUUGCACCUGGUUGUGGAAAGGAACCUCGAAACUCCAAGCUUGAUAUCGUUACAGCCUUUCAGUCGUACGGCGCUUUCUUGAGCGGAGAGAUUAGCGAAGUGGAAAGGCAGGAUAUCGUGAGACAUGCUAUUCCAAGCUGUGGAGCAUGCGGCGGUAUGUACACCGCGAAUACGAUGGCUUCUAUCAUCGAGCUCAUGGGCAUGACUCUCCCUGGAUCUUCGACCAACCCUGCAGCAAGCAAAGCCAAGCAGCUUGAGUGCAUGGCUGCUGGUCCGGCCAUCAAAAACCUUCUCAAGGAGGACAUUCGACCAAGCGACAUCAUCACGAGGCAAGCGCUUGAGGACGCAAUGGUCCUGAUCAACAUCACUGGUGGCUCAACUAAUGCGGUCCUCCACCUGAUCGCCAUCGCACACAGUGUGGGCGUCGAUUUAAAUAUUGAUGACUUCCAGAAAGUGACUGAUCGGACGCCCUUCCUUGCAGACCUUAAGCCGUCUGGCAAGUAUGUGUUCCAAGAUUUGUACGACAUUGGUGGUGCUCCCAGCUUGAUCAAGUUCCUGCUUAAAGAAGGCCUUAUUGAUGGUAGCCGUAUCACAGCCACUGGCAAGACCAUAAAGCAGAACUACGAGAACGCACCAGAUUUCCCGGCCGACCAGGACAUUAUUCGACCGCUCAGCAACCCGAUCAAGAAGACUGGCCACAUCUGCAUUCUUCGUGGCUCUCUUGCCCCGGAAGGUGCAGUCGGCAAGAUCACAGGUAAGGAAGGUACUGUCUUUACUGGUAAGGCCAAAUGCUACGACGCAGAAGAUCUCUUCAUCGAGGCCUUGGAACGAGGUGAGCUCAAGAAGGGCGAGAAGACCGUUGUCAUCAUCAGAUACGAAGGUCCAAAGGGUGGCCCUGGCAUGCCAGAAAUGCUUAAGCCUUCCUCUGCUAUUAUGGGCGCUGGCCUUGGAAACGAUGUCGCGCUGAUCACUGAUGGACGAUUCUCUGGAGGCUCUCACGGAUUUCUCAUUGGUCACGUCACUCCUGAGGCUCAGGCCGGUGGCCCUAUUGGCCUCGUGAGAGAUGGCGAUACUAUCACCAUUGAUGCUGAGAAGCGCGUCAUCGACAUCAUCGAUCAGACGCCGGAGGAGCUACAGAGGCGCAAAUUAGAGUUCAAGGCGCCUCCGCUCAAGUACCAAAAGGGUACCCUCUUCAAGUAUGCUAGGAACGUCAAGGAUGCUAGCCACGGCUGUAUCACAGAUGCCGCGGAGUAG